CCCACAUUCCUUCAAUACAGUCUCUUUGGUGUUCACUCUAUAUAGCUGAAUAGACACACUUCCAAAAUGGCUCCAGAUAUCAAGAUGUAUUUCUGCAUUCAGCUUGUUCUUGCACUAACAGGCACAGGAAUAGGAUCUGCCCUGCCAGGUAAGAGCCACAGUGGAGGGAAGAACAACCCAGUGCUGCAGUAUGUCGUGAACAACUCACUGAGAGAACAUCCUGUCAUGACCAAACUCAGACUGAAAACCCUUGAGGACCCAUGGAGCAUCAUGCUGGUUGCUAGUGAACAAGCACAACUGAUGGCAAAUCUGGCCAAACUGAUCAAUGCCAGCAAAACCAUUGAAAUUGGGAUGUACACAGGGUACAACACCCUGAACAUGGCGUUGGUUGUACCAGAGAGUGGUCAAGUGGUAGCAUGUGAAAUAGACGACGAAUACGUGAACAUUGCUAAACCUUUCUUUAAAGAGGCCGGAGUCGAGGAUAAAAUUACUGUCCAUCUUCAAAUGUGUAUAAAAACACUGGAUGAGUUGAUAGCUGCUGGGGAAGCUGGCACCUAUGACUUUGUGUUCAUCGAUGCAGAUAAAAGGAACUAUGACAGAUAUUACGAGAAGUCUCUUGAGCUUGUGAGACAAGGGGGCAUCAUUGCCAUCGAUAAUGUACUCUGGAGUGGUAAAGUGGUGGACCCUGCUCCUGAUGACCUGACCUCCCAGGCUCUGGACAAGCUCAACAAGAAACUACACACAGACCAGAGGAUCGAUCUGAGCAUGCUCACUGUGGGUGACGGACUCACCCUGGCUAUCAAACGCUAACGAUAACCCAUGCUAACUCAUACUAACCCGUGAUGACAAAUUGUCAAAAAAAAAGUGAGAUUCACUUUUUACUUGAAAUUCAAAAGCAUAUCAACCUCUGUCUCAGUAAGAGCUAAAUAACUACCUUUUACUCACAGAGAUUUUUUUUUUCAGGGUGUGACUAAAAUAAUUUUUUAUUAGAUUUAAAUUGAGUACAGGCUUAACUGAAUGACAACAGAAUACCAUAUGGUAGUUUUGGGGUAGGCCUCGUCUCAGAGGAAUGCUCCCCAGAACCAGAUGCUGAUAACAGAUUGCCCUAUGCUGGACAGCUGGCAUCAAAACCCUCCAGCUGGGAGAAGAGGGAUCUGAUGACGGGUCUCCAGGUUACAUGCUGGUGGAGAGGUGGGAGGUCUUUGGAAGACUUUUGCUCCAAAAUAUCAAGUGAGACACAAGGGGUGAGUUGACAUACUCCCCUGGAUUUAUGCCCAUUGGUUGACAGAAAGGGAAGUGAUUAUUGCACGAGUGAGCACAUAGGUUAAUCAGCAGGCAUGGUGGAAAUGCAUUAGUGUGCCAUGCUCAUUGGCAGAAGUUAAUAGGUGAAGGACAUUCCACCCGCUUGCUAAUG